GUCCUUCUCACAAGGCGCUCUUUAAGCUCCGCUGUUGCCACACAGAGCAGCCAUUCAUCGCCCUGCAGUCAGCCACACACACUCCCAUGCGCGACCACUGGACAUCUAAAUUGAUGAUUUUCCUGUAAAGAAACUGACGGAUUUGGACACUUUUACGCAUGAUGUUUUUCCUGGAGGAAAGUCAGUAUUAAUCCCUGGACGCUCCAUAGAUUUAAAUAGGGACUGGACUGCGCACAAGAAACAUUAUUUAAGUCAUUAUUUUAUUUGUUGGCAAUAAUAUAAAGUAGAAAAAUGUCCGGUGAGGAGCACAGCCUGUCCGAGGCGGAGCUGAGCCCCGGCGGGUCAGAUGACGGUCACUCGCUCUCACCGCCUCAGCCCGGAGCGGCCGCCGGUCAUGACUCCCCCCUGAGCGGGCCUCCGCAGCAGCUGACCGCGCUGUGCGUGGCGGACGGCGGCGCAGACGACGCGAGCAGAGGGCGCGCCAAGUCGGAGGAUGAGGACGACAGGUUCCCGAUCGGGAUCAGGGAGGCGGUCAGUCAGGUGCUGGACGGCUACGACUGGACGCUCGUGCCCAUGCCGGUGCGCGUGAGCAACGGAAACAAAGCCAAGCCACACGUGAAGAGGCCCAUGAACGCGUUCAUGGUGUGGGCGCAAGCCGCCAGGAGAAAGCUGGCCGACCAGUACCCCCACCUGCAUAACGCGGAGCUCAGCAAGACUCUGGGGAAACUCUGGAGGCUGCUGAACGAGAACGACAAGAGGCCAUUCAUCGAGGAGGCGGAGAGGCUGAGGAAGCAGCACAAGAAGGACUAUCCCGAGUACAAGUACCAGCCUCGGAGGCGCAAAAACGGCAAGCUGAUGCCCUCCAGCGAGUCCGACAGCCAGGGUGAGGGUGAGGCCAGCCACUCCCAGUCCCACUACAAGACCCUGCACCUGGAUCACAAUGUGGGUGCAGGGUCUCCCCUGGGUGACCUGCACCACCACCACCACCAUCACCACCACCCUGGAGGUCACAGCCCUCCUACGCCCCCCACGACCCCAAAGACAGAGCUCCAGUCUGGGAAGUUAUCAGAUGCUAAAAGGGAGGGGGGAGCAGGGGCGGCCGGAGGAUCAGGGGGGUCCAGGGGUGCCCUCGGGGUGGGAGCGGACGGGGCCUCUGGUGGCCCCUCAUCGUCCUCCAAGCCCCACAUCGACUUUGGCACCAUGGACAUCGGAGAAAUCAGCCACGAGGUGAUGUCCAACAUCGAGCCGUUUGACGUCAACGAGUUCGACCAAUACCUCCCUCCAAACGGCCAUCCUCAGAGCGGAGCUGGGGCCGCCUCUGUCGGCUCCUCCGCCUCCUCGUAUGCCUACGCCCUGGCAGCGGCGAGCGGCCACUCAGCCUGGAUCUCCAAACAGCAGCAGCAGCAGCCCCAGGCCUCGCCGUCUUCCUCCGAUCCCUCCAAGGCUCAGAUCAAAAGCGAGUCGGCGUCGGCCAGCCAUUACUCCGACGCCUCGUCCUCGCCCUCGUCAGGCACCCACGUCACCUACACCCCUCUCAGCCUGCCUCACUACGGCUCUGCCUUCCCCUCGCUGGCCUCCAGAGCUCAGUUUGACUACGGAGAGCACCAGGCCCCUGGGGCAUACUACGCCCACUCCAGCCAAGCUCCGGGGCUGUAUUCAGCUUUCUCCUACAUGGGCCCGACACAGAGGCCUCUGUACACCACCAUAGGAGACCCCUCCAGCGUGGCCCCCUCCCACAGCCCCACACACUGGGAGCAGCCUGUUUACACCACCCUCACAAGACCUUGAGGCAAAGCAGCAGAGCAGAGGGAAAUAUGGGAAGUGUGUGCGUGGAUCUCUGUAUCUGAGUGCGUGCAAACAUGUGUGUGAAUGGGUAUAAAUAUAUAUAUAUAUAUGUACGUCUGUGCCAUAUAUUUCCUUUUUUUAAUUAUUAUUAUUUUAGUAAAAAUGAGUCCACAACUGAGAGACAAACUCACACAGGAGACGGUUGCAGCCAAUCAGAGAACUCUAACCAUCGUGUGCCAUCGUGAACUGGAAAAGCAGAAAGACACUAAAAAACAAACCCUGAUGGAUGACAUGGGUGCACACUAGACUCUUAUUAACCAAACUCGUUUGUUUUUUAUAUCAGUAGAAAUUAAUGUCGAUAUCUUAGUGUGACUGUUUUUAAUAUUACACUGCACCACUGCUUUUGGGAGAAAACUUUUUUCUCUUCUGAGUGAUCCACAAAGUUUUAUUUUUCUUUAUGGCCAGAAAAGAAUAGCAGCAUUUUUUCUUCUUUUUUUUUCUCUGUAGAUAGCAUCCUUUUCUUUAUAUAAAUGACUAAACAGCGAAGCAUUUUAAGGGGAAAUAUAGGAAAAAGAGAGGGAACAGAGCUCCUAAAGAUGUGUUCUAGCUUGUUGCUCCGUCUUGGACAUUUAUUUACCUCAGCUCUACUUGUUUUCUUGUGAAAUCAAAGGAUUCCUGGAAGUGGAAUAAUGUGCAGUAAACCUCAAAAUGAGUAUUAUCCUUUUUUUAAGUAAGAACCAGAUAGUUUUUGCUGAUUUUUCUUGGAUUUAGCCAGCUCAAAUGUAUACGGACAAAUCUCCUGAGAUAACCGGAUGAAGGAUUAAUAUCACAUGCUCAAACUCUUUGCAUGUGGGCCAAAAAUUGUGCCUUUGUCACCAAUUCUUCUUUAACAGAAAAAGAGAGGAGUUCAUUGCCACAUUUUAAUACUGACAUUUUUUUAUUUUUGCCAUGUUAGCUGUUGUUUGUGUAUAAGUAAUAAUUUUGUGUCACGUCUUUUGCUUUAUUUUGCCUCCUUUGAUAUAACUCUGGGUAUAGGUUUGGAAAGUUUGUGCUCUACAUUCACUGGAGUAUUUUUUUUUUUUUUGCUUCCUCACACGAAGAGCAAUGUUGAAAUGUUAUCGUUGUCAUCUAUUAAAUCAAUUUAUUUAUAAAAAAAAUAAGAUGUGUAACGCUGUGGAAAACUAAGACGUGGAGCUGUGGGCGAGAGGAGGCAGAAAAUGAAUAAAUAAAAACACGGUGCUGACGUG